UGGAGACUUGAUUUUUAGAACGUGUUAUAAUUGUCUUUCUCACAAACAACGGGGAUUGAGAAAGCUCUGACUUUGUCUGGCCAAGAAAGACAACCCUUAGAGAAGGAGUGUUGAUGUGAUCCUUAUCCGUACGAGUGCUAGGUAGUAGUCUAGAUUGUUUCCGUUUAAGUUAAAAGGCCACUCUUUACUACUUUAGGAAUGUUUGAUAUCGAUAGCAGCCUGUUCAGCGCGUUCCGAGCACCACCGGGACCUACCCUUUAUGGGCAAUUUCGGUCAGCCGUCACGUCAGAUGUCGUCGAGAUUGCACUGAUCGUGGCGUUCGGCACUGUGCUCUUCUCCGUUAUCCUGUCGUCAAUCGGAAUUCCUGACGGAAAGAAGAGGCUGUCAUCCGUCGUCAGUGCUUCCAUUGCCUGCUAUUUCUUCAUUUGCAUCCUAUUGGCUAUAUUUGGGUAUGGCUGGCGAGUGGGCUCAUUGCACACGGAGACACAGUACAAAGCGUUUACCAACGCAACAGUGCAUGCCAAGGUGGGGUUGAAUGUUGGCCUGUACAGCGUCAAUAUUACGAUGAAAGGAGAGCCAACAAAGCAACUGUCGGAAGAAAUUGAUUACAAUGAGCACUUCAACUUUGGACAACUGCAAGGACGGUUUGGUUUCGGUUCGCAAGCUGGUCUUGUUAGCCGAGAAUUCCGUGAGGGCCAAGCACGUGGGCUCCCAUAUCCAAUUCUCUGGGUCAUAGAGUACUUCACGUUGGAUGGAGAGCUUAUUCGUUGGGGUCGCCAAUAUCGACAAGCUGGGUACUACACGGCAAUAUUGAUGUGGAGUGCCCUGGCGUUCUUCUUUCUGACGGUGAUGACGGCUUCGUGGACGCUCGCCUACAGUGCCUGCCUGUCAUGUACCACUGGCAUUCUGAUGAUCCUGGCGUGUGUAACUUACGACCAGCUGUACAGCUCAGUGGGCCCGCAGCUCAAGAUACCGUUCGAGGAUGGCGUGCUGGAGACGGCGUAUGGCUGGAGCUUCUAUCUAACGCUGGCCAAUGGCCUCCUCCUGUGUUGGCUGGGCUUUGUUAUGAUGAUGCUCUACCUAUUCUUUCCCGAUACAGUGCUGACUCUCUUUGGCAUAGACUUGGAUGAGACGGACGAGAUAUUACUUGUCGAAGACGAGCCAACGGAGCAGCCGCAGGAGGAAUCUCAGGGGGAAGCGAACGAAGAACAGCAGAGGGAGCAACAGAGAACGGAAAGUGGUGCGCUUGGUGGCCGACCAUCAUGUGUCUUCGUCAAGGGUCGCGACGAUAGCAUGGCAGGAGGCUUUGCCAACGUGAUACAGGAUCUCGCCAGUAGCAGGAACCGCACCACCAGGCGCAGUGUUCGCACGCAGAGUGGAUUCACCAUCAAGAGAAAGCAGAGAACUGUUCGCACCCGCGCUGGCUCUAGUUCCGAUCCAGAGUUGCAAGUGGCAACGACGCCAAGUUUGGAAAAGCUAAAAAGGGGAAACAUCUCGUUGGCAGCAAUCCAGCAGUCAUCCACAGAUACUCUACUUUCAUACACCAACCCUUCAUGCUCCACAAUCCAGGAGCUGUAGUGACACCAAACGCCAUACCGCAAUGGCAUACCUCAAAUCCCGCUAUCUCUUGAUAUUGGAGUCCACAUCAGAUUUUGGACAAUUUUUUAAAGAUCGCAUUGCGUGGCGUGAACUAGCCAUAAGAAAAUUUAAUUCCCGUAGCUAUGCAGAAGACGUUACUUCAGUAACGUCUGGCGCUAGCCAGGGCCCACACAGCUUUAAUUUGGUGUUUGUUUGUGUGUUUGUGUCACGCCUGGCGCUAUCCCGUAUCUGUCCCGUACCGUACCAUCAAACACAGCUGGCCACAUACAGCUGGCCGCAAUAUUCAAAUAGGGCUUUCAAACGCAAGAUCAUAACGUGAAGCAACUUGGAAGAAUGAGUAUGAAUGCGAAGUGUAUGGGGGAAUGCAUGUAGGGCGAUAGUGCGGGUUCGAAUCCCAG